GCCACGGGCAUAGAAAAAAGUUUACAACAUCACGGGAAUAGACAGAAUAAUAAAAAAAAUCUACAUUGAAUUAAAAUUUCUAUCACGAGUUCAAUGCAUGCAGUGUAGUGCGUGGUGCGACUAGUUACAGUAAGGGCGUAUACAAGUCCGCUGGGUCUGCUUUCAGGUGAAUGUGAAGCAAAGUGUUGUGUUGCCUCGGUGCUAGGUGCAAGAAUCUAGCCGACUGCCGCCCCCCUGUUUGGUAGCAUAUUCCUGCAUAUUUCGUUUACAUCAGCAAUGCUGCACGUCCUAUCGCAGUAGGCCAGCGUGCCGUAUUAUCUCUUCCCCGCGGUAACCCGCAAACGCGCGUCUGCCGAUAGUUGCAGCCGGAAGAAUGUUCCACGGUACCCCGAGAUGGCAAUCGGGCGGAGCGAUUGGUUGUGUGUGAGUGCCAAACCGCGUACGGUUGGUAGUGAAAAGUGAGCAAUCUGUUACGAUUAGCGCAUCCCAUGUCGGAACACCAGGUGCCCUAGCGCAGACAGUGUGAGGUCGUGUGGUGGUUAGUCGGAGUGUCAUCCGGAACGAAGGGAAAGGCAGAGUGGCAAGUGAAUUCUGGGGGGGUGGUAUUGUGAUAGGUGUGCGGUUGGUAAGGUGUUUCCGGAGUAGGUGGCCUGUGCGGCAGUGCUACCAGUGGGAGAAAGCGUGGGAGAAAAAUAAACAAAAAUGAUGGCCAAUUUGACAGAUGGUGAUCAAAGUUUUUGCAGUGUGACAGUUCCGCAGCAGCAACAGCAUCAACUAGCCAGCAGUGUCGGGGGAGUGGGCGGUGGCGGUGCCAGUGGGAAUGUGGCGCAUACCGGCAACGCCUUGCACGUAGGCGUCGCCGGUGCCGGUGGUGGCGGUGAAGAUGGUGAGAGCGGCUUGGGCAGUACGGUUACCGUUGGAACGGCAUCGUCCGCGGCGAUGAUGGGAUCGAUGACGCCGACGCCGACCGCAUCCACGACGACACUGUCGGCAACGCCAACCGUUGGAACGUGGACGGAAUUUUGCGAGCGUCACGCACGGGCGGCCGCAGCGGACUUUGCCCGAGCGUGCGUAAAUUACGUCACCAACAAUCUGCCGGAAGUGGCCCGCCAUACGAUCUCCCAUCGGGAUUUUAUGCGCCGGUUUGUCCACUGCUUCGAGUCUCGCUUCGAGGACGAGUUUCAGCGCCGACGAGCACAACCUAAGACUGGAAAUGGAUCCGCUACGGUGCCGGAGGAAAGCGAUUAUUCCGAGGAUACAGAUUCGCCAAAAACCAAUCACAAACCGUUCUUCCGACGACUAUCGUUCAAAGGGCUCCGUAAGGGCAAGGUAAUUCAUGCAUUUUUCCACAAACAACACUCGGACGAGGUGGAACUAUCCGAGCGGCGCGCCAGUAAAACUAAACUCGCAAAAAUAGUGGUCGAAUGUCGGAAGGAGGGCACCGUCAACUACCUUUCGCCGGAAAACCUCGACCAGCCCGGUUCCCAGAAGUGGGAAAAGUGUAAGCUGGUGCUAGUGAAAACGGUCUCAGGAUAUAUGCUGGAAUUUUACUCACCACCAAAGUCACAGAAGCCUCGGAGUGGCGUGUUUUGUUUUCUUAUAACGGAAGCUCGUGAAACGACGGCACUGGAAAUGCCGGAUCACGAGAAUACGUUCGUGCUGAAGGCUGGCAAUAAUAUGGAGUACGUCAUAGAGGCCCGCGACACGGACGACAUGCGCAGCUGGCUUGCCACGAUACGCUACUGUAUGCGUAGUACGCAAACGACUUCCGAACCAUCCGAUUCGGUUGCCACGGAUUUGAUCACCAGCCUCAGUACCUCGAUGUCGCACGGUGGCGGAGGAGCGGGCGGUAUACCGUCGACGCUGGUGGCAUCCAGUGGGCUUGCCACGGACGUGAACAACCUUAGCCUCAAUCAAUCGCUAACCGGAACAACCGGUGGAACCGGCACGUCCACCAUUGGUGCGGUAUCGAACGCGCUCGGUGGCACGGUGAUACCUGCUGGUACCGGUACGGCCGCGAAUGCGAACGCAACCGCCACCGCAACGACUGCCAACGCACCGGAAUUGCCUCCCCGUCGGCCGGACGACCGGAUAUCGUCAUCGAGCAAUUUCGAGCUGACGGAAAAUGAUCUGGAUCUGUCGCACGAGCACGACACCGACCUGACGGCAAUGAUGCGCGAGUACCCGUGGUUUCAUGGCACGUUGCCACGGUUCGAAGCCGCCCAGCUGGUACUGCGCGAGGGCAUCUCUAGUCACGGCGUGUUCCUGGUACGGCAAAGCGAAACGCGCAAGGGCGAGUUUGUGCUCACGUUCAACUUCCAGGGCAAGGCGAAGCAUCUGCGCAUGACGCUGAACGAUCUCGGCCAGUGCCGGGUGCAGCAUCUGUGGUUUCCCUCGAUCACCGAGAUGCUCGAACAUUUCCGGCAGCAUCCGAUACCGCUGGAAUCGGGUGGCACUGCCGACGUUACGCUAACCGGGUACGUGCUUACCCCACAGCACCAGCACGUGUUCACGCACCAGCAGGCCCAGCAGCAGCAGCAGCAGCACCAGCAGCAACACCAGCAGUCGGUGUCUGGCUUGCAGGCGGGUCAGCAAACGGCAACCAGUAAUAACUACUCCACCACCCUAAUCGGUAGCAGCAGCACGAGCAGUAGUAAUGCGACCGGUGGCGGUGCUGGUGCUACCACGGCCGUAUCCAACUCCUCCCAAAACACACCCAAUGCAACCGGAACGACGGGAGCGGCCAGUGGCGGUGGUUCGGCCGCUGGCAGCAAUCCUCAAACCAGCCCAAGACAUCCAACGCAAGCGAUCACGCUGAACGGAAGUGUGCGUAUCAAAACGUGUGACCUGGAACUGUCGCUACAAACGGUCCCGGUUGAGCAGAUGAGUUCGCAUCUUCACCAUUCCCAUCAUCAGCAACAGCAGCAGCACAUUCAUCUACAUUCGUCACAGCAGCAGCAACAGCCAGGAACAAGUGGCCUAAAUCAGGGAUCUGCAUCCGGUUCCGGACAAACCGGCACGGCGGAAGAAGUGCAACGGGCGGUUGAUAAUCAGUACAGCUACGUUUGAACGUAAUAUGACCACGUGCAGUUUUAAGGCUGUAGUGUGAACUAUCAAUUCAUUGUGCAAAUUUUAAUUUAAGGUAAUUCCUUCUUUGAACGCUACGCUAUACUUUAAGUUACGUGUGCGUUUUUCGUUUAACUACAGCCUUAAAAUAUACGUGGCCUUGCGUUGCAUUCUUAUCCGCGCUAAACGCAACCACACUUCGCAGCCAAACGGUUCGCAUCCUUUGGAAUUGAUUAAAUGCGCGCUUGUUAAGAGGGUGUAUCUCGUUUGGCAAUGUCGGCUAUC